UCACAUUCACAUCCGCGUCUUCGUGGUGCUGUUCAAUUUGAUGCGUGCGAUAGCAGAAUUAGUCGAGAUACGCACUGCCUCACGUCCCAUCUUAGCUAAUUGUUAUUGUUAUCUCGUGUUCUAGUACACGCCUGCCUCUGUGAACAGCUAGCUAACACUGUCGACCAUCACCAUGCAGUCCAGCUCCAGCUCCAAGGCCGGCGGCAAUGGCGACGAGGGGCACCUGGUGUGCGUGACGGGGGCGGGGAGCUUCAUCGGGUCGUGGGUGGUGAAGGAGCUCCUCCUCCGUGGCUACCGUGUCCGUGGAACCGCCAGGGAUCCCGCGAACCGCAAGAACGCGCACUUGCUGGAGCUGGACGGCGCCGGGGAGAGGCUCACCCUGUGCUGCGCCGACGUCAUGGACGCCGACGGCCUCCGCGCCGCGUUCCGGGGCUGCCGCGGCGUCUUCCACGUCGCCUCCCCGGUCUCCAACGACCCCGAGCUCGUGCCGGAGGCCGUGGAGGGCACGAGGAACGUGAUCAACGCGGCGGCGGACGCCGGCGUGCGUCGCGUGGUGUUCACCUCCUCCUACGGCGCCGUGCACAUGGACCCCAGCCGGAGCCCCGACGCCGUCGUCGACGAGGCCUGCUGGAGCGACUACGACUACUGCAAACGAACCGGCAACCUGUACUGCUGUGCGAAGAUGAUGGCGGAGGUGGCGGCGACGGAGGAGGCGGGCAGGAGGGGGCUGGAGCUGGCGGUGGUGGUGCCGGCGACGACGAUCGGCCCCGCGCUGCAGCAGACGCUCAACUUCAGCACCGACCACGUCGCCCGCUACCUGACGGGCGCCAAGCCGGCCUACCAGAACGCCGUCACCGCCUACGUCGAUGUCCGGGACGUCGCACGCGCGCACGCCCUCGUCUACCAGCACCCCGACGCGCGCGGCCGCCGGUACCUCUGCGUCGCCGCCGUGCUGCACCGCGCCAACUUCGUCGGGCUCCUCAGGGAUCUCUACCCGCAGUACCCCGUCACGGCCAGGUGCGAGGACGACGGCAAGCCGAUGGCGAGGGAGUACAGGUUCUCCAACCAGAGGUUGAGGGAUCUGGGCUUGGAGUUCACUGACAUGAGGACAAGCUUGUACGAGACGGUGAUAUGCUUGCAGCAGAGGGGGCAUGUCCCUGUCAUCGUGCCACGUCAUCGUGCAUGCUUGUGAAAUCAAUAUGUACACACGUUGAACUCGAUUAACCAAAUAAAUCCGGAUACUUUCUUUCUUC